GUGAGAGGUUCACUUCCUGGUUUGAAGAAAGCAAGAAACGCUGCUAUGUGUAUGUCGGUUUUAUUGUACAGAAGCAGCAAUCGGGAUAAAGGCAGUAACGUACAAUAACGAAUACUGACAUUUCACAGAUUUAGCUAUAUAGUUAUUCUCUUAUAUUGUGAAUUUUCACCUAGGUAUUUUAUUGUAUUUUUUUCCAAUAACGUUAGCUAAAGUUUACAAUGGGCUUACUCACGAUUCUAAAGAAAAUGAAGCACAAGGAACGAGAGAUGAGACUACUGAUGCUUGGCCUGGAUAAUGCUGGGAAAACGACCAUUUUGAAAAAAUUCAACGGAGAGGAUGUCAGCACGAUCUCCCCGACACUAGGAUUCAAUAUUAAAACGCUGGAACACAGAGGGUUUAAACUGAACAUCUGGGAUGUGGGAGGCCAGAAGUCGCUGCGUUCCUACUGGAGGAAUUACUUUGAGAGCACAGAUGGGCUGGUGUGGGUUGUGGACAGUGCUGACAGAUUGAGACUGGAGGACUGCAAGCAAGAGCUGAACGCUCUGCUAAUAGAAGAGCGCCUGGCAGGAGCUACCCUCCUGGUGUUUGCCAAUAAGCAGGACCUGCCCGGGGCAUUGUCCAAAGAUGCCAUAAGGGAGGCACUGGCUCUGGACAGUAUAAAGACUCAUCACUGGUGUAUCAUUGGGUGCAGUGCAGUGACUGGGGAGAACCUGCUUACUGGUGUAGACUGGCUACUGGAUGACAUCGCCGCACGGAUAUUCACAUUAGACUGAGGCAGCACACGUACGCAUACGCUAACCGAAAACAUACACCACACUAGCCUUCUCAUUUAAUACACACGCAUCCAUACAGACCGCAGAGGACCGUAAUAGACUGCAGUUCAAGGUACGGUUGAACUGAUUAAACGGAUCACUCUUGGCUAUAGUGCUCAUUCCAGAAGAGUUGAAACCGAAAACUGGAGUUAGGUGAUCCACUCAUAUCACUAUUAGUUGUACAUUUUGCUUGUGUGCAGUUAUGACAAAGGUACAGCUUGUGGUAUUAAAUUGUAUUCUGGGGAAAUCAAAAUAAACUUUUACCAAAUCUA